AUGCUGGGAGACAAGAUGCAGCGUAGUUUACCUGAUUUCUUCCUAACUAAGGUGGUCAUACCACCAAAUGAGUGGGAUGAAUAUUCCGAAAGAAUUGCGAGGGAGCGUGGUUGGUCGAAAAUGCCCUCGCCGAUAGUCUGGCGCGAGCUAGUGGACACUGGCGGGCGUGUGACUCUCAUCGGCGAUGCGCGAGACUUCCAGGAGUAUGCCAACACCUACUAUGCCAUGCUAUCCAGAUUAUCGAGUCAUAAGCUUUUACAGAUCAGCAUCGACAACCAGCGCUACACGGACGAGGCCAUCGCCGCUAGAUCGAUCAAACAAGUGAUGCUCAAUACCUGGCGCAAAAUCGCUAUAAUCGGAGCCGAAUCGCCAACAGCCGUGCGCCUUGCUAUGCUCCUUGCCAUGAUGCAACAUAGCAGCAAAGCACAAAAAGUGAAGCUCCAUCUCUUCCCCGGGAGCUUUGUCCACUCUGACGCGGUCGUGAGACUGAAAGAAAUCCUUGAUGACUCGGCUUGCAUCGGUCUACAGGCUGUCGAAACCUCCGUAAAUCUUACAGAGGCACUUGAGAACGCUUCACUGGUAGUUAUCCUUGACGUAAUACCACGUGAACACCCCAUCUGUGUUGAUGGCACUUUAAAACACUCGGAGGCUCGAUCAGAGUGGCUUGAUCGCCGGUUCCAUUACUUUUAUCGGCUCGGAGAGUGCAUUCGUCAGUACGCAGAUCAAAACGUUCGAGUAUUAGUGGUAGGCUCGGAGCAGACAUUUGAAGGUGCGGUAACGAUCUCAUCGCCGUUGAACUUUGAUGUUCAGACGCUGCAUAUGGCCUGUAAAGAGAAUAUUCCCCUAAACAAUAUCGUGGGACUGCCGCGCGCACUGGAGUACUCGAUGAAGUCGGCAUUGGCACGACGUCUGGGCGUGCGUCGUUGCGACAUUGUGGACCUUAUUAUCUGGGGCAACAUUGACAAUGUUUUCCUCGUGGACAUCUCUCAAGCACGCGUCCACCGGAGGCAUGGUGCAGUGGACAGUGAGACAGGUCCUGCAUGGUUCAGUUUGGCAGCAGAACCGCUGGUUUUCGACCUGAGGGAGCUAUAUGAAAGGAUAAUACCCGAGAAGUUGGAGAGGUCAAGGUGGCCCGGCACGAAUACAGCGGCGAUGCGUCACGCCUCUGCAAUUUUCAGUUUCAUUAAACAGUGGCAGUUCGGUUACAAAGAUCCUAACGAAACCAUAACUUCUUUGGUUCUCUCCUCUACGGGGCACUACAGCGUGCCAGCGGGGCUGGCCUUUUCUUUCCCGGUCACCACAAGUCCCAUGGGGUGCUUCGAGAUAUGUCAAGAUAUCACUGUGGAAUCCUCCAAAAUGAAAGUCAUUGAAAACUGCAUUCUGGAUACCCUAAAAGACUGGUCAGUUGUGGACCCUUCAAUGCUGACGGAGUUCCGGAAGGAAGUGUUUCCGGUUCAGUCUGCACCAAAAUCAGAGGCAUGGAACUACCCUAGCGCUACUACUGCCGUCAACCCCGCCAUCUCUGUUGAGUCUGUUGAUCAGGAGAAGCGCGAGUUCAACGCUGUUCCUGUCCCACAAAAAACACCGAAAAAGGCACUCGCAUAG